AUGCAACUGGAAAGCAGUGUGUUCAGCUACUGGCAAUAUGUGGCCGAGUGCAGCCAUGACAGCAUCUACGACCAGCUAUGGGAUAAGAGCCAAGAUAUUGUGGGGGAAGUAAUAAAGACCAACUUCUUGAAAGAAAUAAACGAUAACACCUUAAUAGCUGACCGCUACAUGAAACUGAUGAUCCAGGAUAUAUACUAUAUUCAGGGUGUGUUUAAUGCCCUCAAUAUUGCUCUUAAAAAUCCAAACAUGCCAGACGAUGUGAAGCAUUUUCUGGAAGACAGAGCCAGAAGUUACAAAAAUUUUCUGGAGAUGAUGCAGGAGAACUACAAUCUUAAGGAUGCAAACAGCAUUAUUCCUAACAAAGCUGCACAGGAUUAUGUAGAGGAAUAUGUAAACAUAGCUAAGAGAAAAGAUGAAGGUCUGUACAUGGUGAUUGCACUCCUACCCUGUGCUCGACUGUGGCCCUACAUUUCUGAAAAGCUCAGUAUCACCAGAUGCAGCCCCUACUACCAGUUCAAGAUGGAUAAUGCAAAAGACAAAUCACGUGAUCACUAUGAGAAGAUUCUUCAGGAAUACAAAGACAAAAUAGACAUGAAUCUGGGUUUGAAUAUCUUUCAAACCCAAAUGAAGCAUGAGCUGGCGUUCUUUCAAAGUGUCGAUUCCAAGAACUGAUGCUGGGAUUUUACAACAGUAUAUGGCCUUUGUUUGGGAAAAUAUUUUAUAUUUGUAUAUGCAUAACACCUUCUAUUAAAUGUUAUAUAGUGCCUUUCAUUAUUUGUCUAUUGUAAGGCGAAAUUUAUAUCCUGAUAUUUGCUUGUACUCAUGUAAUUGUAAUUGUACUCAUGUAAGACUUUAGGAACUUUCAAAAUCAGAUGAUGUUUUUUGGUGAGCUUUACUCCGCUGAAUGGCCUGUUCUCAUCUAAAUUGUUUUAAUGUUCUAAUUAAGGCUGCAGCCCUAACUGUUUAUUUCUGAGUAUUUUGAUUUUAUUAUAAAGAGCAAAAAUAAAUUUUACAAAAGAUAA